GUACAAUAAUAUUCACUACUAAUAUUUUUAUUAAAAAAUCUUACUAACUAACUGGGCUCAAAUGUAACCCAAUACUCUUCCUGGCUUCGGCCUAAUAAUGGCCUUGGAGGAUAAAAACCCAAGAAUGCAGGGCUCGGCAAUGUAAUUUGUGGUAAGCCAUUCAUAAUCAUCAUCAUCAACUUCAUAAUACUAUCAAAUAGUACUACUAUGGAAACGUCGAGAAUUUGGAUUACGGAAGAGAACAGAAGAGCAGUGGUGGUUAUGGCGGCUCCGGAAUACGACGACAUCCAAACAGUAACAACGGCGCUGAAUGAAUUGCCUUCAUCGUUGUCGUCGAGCCGGGGCGGCGGCGGCUUUAAUGUCAACAACUGAGGAGGCUGAGGAAUCAAAAUUCAAAUCAUCCUCAGCAGAUCGGGAGGAAGAGGAAGGGAGUUUGUGUGGAGUCGGAUGAAGAUGCCUCGUUGGAGGAGGAGGAGGAGGAGGAUAUGAUGGAAGUGGUGGUGAAUGAGGAUGACCCGGAGGCGACGUUGGAGAUUCGUGAUGAUAAUUACUAUCUAGUGAGCCAGAGCCACCGUCGUCCCAGCGAGUGGAGAGAUCCGGAGGUUUGGGAGAAGUACUGGCAAGAGAUGCACGAUUCUCAGGGAUACGAGGUGCGAACUAAUCUGGAUAUAACCUUUAUAGCACAAAUCAUGCCCUGGGAUUUCAAAGAAGGGGGUGAGAUCUUACCGUUUUUCCAUGAGAUAUGUGAGGAUUGCAUUCAACAUUACAACGAUAAUCACGAGGGAAGGAAAUACAGGGAGUAUGCUAACGUUGUUGACUAUGCAUGUAUCUUGUAAUCCCGAGACUAUGCGGAAACUGUAUUUCAUUGCCUUCCAAGCUGAUCCAGUUGAUGAUUAUGAUGAUGAUGGUUCUAGCUUUUCCGAAACCUUUCGAGCUCAGUAUUUUGUCUGGUAGAACUGAUAGAAGAGAGGGAGGUGCAUGGUGCUUUGCGAAUUGAAAAAGCGUGCUCGACGCUGAAAGGCCAGCAGAAUGCCCUCUUCCUUGCUGGCGGGGGUGACUGUGCAGGAUUUUGAGCUUCGAGGAAUCAAUCUGACAAUUUGGUGAGUUAUAUUAGUAGUAUUGUUGACUCCCCAGGAACUUAUUUCAAGCAGUAGGGAGCUCUAUCCAUUUUCGGCUGUGGAGAUUGGUUUGUCUAGUUAAUUGACUCUUUGUUAGUGAUUGUGGCUAUUAUAAACUACUAGUACUUUAGAUCAACGUGAUUAACUUCUGAUGAGACUAUUAGGUAUUGGCAUUACACAUAAUUUGUGCGUGACUUUUGUUAAACCUAUUCACUUAAUCCCAACAUUCCUUGUGAAAAAGUUUCUGCAGAAGACAGAGAUGUCGAAAACAAAAACACGUUUUCGAAUGUAUUGAUGUUUUUGCAAAUGAGAUGAAUCAUGCAUAUAUGAUAUAUGAUGACAGCCUCUGUUCGAUCUCUGUUACUAGAUUCUCAACAACUUUACUAAAAUAUCUGUGAUCAAUUCGCCCUCAACUUGCUAUGGAUGAAUGGGAGGCUAAAACCUCGAAAAGGGGAUAUGUUUGAUGGUGGAGCCUAAAAGGUAAGAAGAGACUGGUGUGUCACUGUUUUGGAGCCCUUAGAAUAUCUUUAAAUUGUAGGAUAGAUCACUUGGAAAGAUAAUUUCCAAGUGUUUGGCUGUUUGAAAGGAUUCAUCUUCUAAAGACCAGUUUGGCUAGCUGUCUGCAUCUUAUCCACUUCAUCUCUUGUGCCUUAGUUCUUCUAUUCUAUCCGAAUAGCUUUUCUCCUCGUCUUAUUAAAGCUGUUGAUUUUGAACUAUUUUGAUGGUCAAAAUUUCUUGUAUUUUCUAAUGUGUAUCAUAUUAUUAU